ACCCGUCAUCAGUAGGAAGCAUGGAUAGAUCCGCUGACAGAAGACUUUGUGGACAGUGCCACACUUCAAUUGGAGAUGAGGCAGUGGUUGCCAUGAACCGUUUAUGGCAUCCUGAUCAUUUCACCUGCACGGCUUGUAAGCGUCCCAUUAAACAGACCUAUCAGGCCGCAGACAGUCACGCCUACUGCGUCCAUUGUUUCGCACAAAAAUACAAUCCAAAAUGCGCAGGGUGCAUGGAAACUCUGGUCGAUACCUGUCUUCUAGCACUCGAUCGACACUGGCACCCUCGUUGUUUUGCAUGUUCUUCGUGCAAUCGUCCCCUUCCCAAUGGAGAAUAUUAUUUGGUGGACGACAAGCCAUAUGAUCUAGACUGCCACUGGGCAAAGCGCUUGGAGAAGCGAGAGCAGAUGGAGAGAGGGGAACGCUAAGAACCGUCAACGAUAGAAUAAAUAUAUGUGUUUUGUUCCAUGUAAUUUCACUGCUCGUUUUUCUGCAUAAAAU